GUAGACCGCGCUGCUCGCCCGUGGGCCACAAUGGCGGACGUGUCAGAGAGGACGCUGCAGCUGUCAGUGCUGGUCGCCUUUGCCUCCGGGGUGCUACUGGGAUGGCAGGCGAACCGGCUACGAAGGCGGUACCUGGACUGGAAGAAGCGGAGGCUACAAGACAAGCUGGCGGCGACACAGAAGAAACUGGACCUGGCCUGAGACUUAGCGCCCUCAGCCCCAGCCGACCUCCGCGUGGCCGACUUGCUGUGCCUGCACGAGAGGUCCAGCCGGAGCCGGGCUCGCAGCACGCUGCAAGCCUGCGAUGGUCGGCUGUUCCUGAGUGCCGCCGCCUGUUGAAGAUGGAUGUGGAGCAUAGGAAAGAAAUAAUUUCUUCAUGCACUUUCUGAACCAAUUUUAUUUUUAAAAUAAAAAACUUAUAAAUA